AUGUCCAUAGCCUGUCUACCAGGUCCAUGUUCGCACCAGCAGCGAUCUCAGAAGGGUCCGAACCGGGGUCGGUCGCAGCCCAUGGCCAUGUUUGAGCGGGAACCCGAUCCUCGCAGCGUGACGGUCACACAGAUCACCUCGGGAGCCGACGCAGAGGACGAGCGGGUGCUCUCGGCCGCCUUUGCAGAACUGGCCGCCGAGGCCUCGGAGAUCGAGCGCACCGCGAUCGCCUUGGACCGUGCAGAGGAGACGGAGCAGGCCUUGUCCGUGUACCGGCAAGCGGCGGAGCGGAUGGCGAAGGCCGCCGCUCUGUGCCCGGAAGGCAACCCGGACCGUGCCAUGUUGGUCAAGCAUGCCGGGGAGAUCUACGGCCGCGUCGUGUACCUCGAGAGCUUGGGUGAAGGCGCCCUCGCCACCGUGCCACCCGAGGCGCACAUUGGCAGUGACAGCUUGGUCUUGGGCCACGGUGUGGAAAGACAGGACGCCGAUGGCUUCCAGGUCCUGCGUGACCCACGGGGGCGAAGCGAGGGCUCCUCGCCCAACUGGCGGCAGAAGGCCGUCUCCGCCGCUGCAGUGAGUGGCGCUGCUGGGUUACUGGUGCUUCAUGCGCCUGUGUGUGCACUUGGCUUGGCGGCGGGCGCGGCCUACGCCACGACUCGCCAGGACAGCGCGGGGGAGGCCGCCAGAUCCAUGGGCUGCAUGGGGAUUCAGGCGGCGGAGCACGUGAAGCAGGUGGCGCAUCAGCACCGCGUGGCCGACCGCGCCUCCGAGGCCUUGAGCGGCGUCCGCUCCCUGGACGAGCGCUGGCGGGUGUCCGAACGGACCCAGGCCUUCGCGAGCAGCAGCGUGAGCACCUUGAGAGAUCUCGACCAGCGUCACCAGGUCACCAGCAGCGUGGCUUCGGGCGCGCGACGGGCCUCGGCGAAGUUGGUGGAAGCGGUGACCCCGGCGGUUGGCUGGGCCACUGGGACGCAAGGGUGGGAAGUCGCCUCAGCCGACGAUGAGGUCGAGAACGGGGUCGCCGCACCGACAAGUCGAGAGGUCAACCAUCAACCAAGGUCGGUCAAGCAAGGCCACGACCGCUCCGAUGGUGGGCUGCUGACCGCGGUGCUUGAAAUGGCCUUUGCCGGACGCAAGGGCAUCGAGCUGAAGCUGGACGACGCAGGCCCUGGCACCUACAUGGAGAAGCUCUUCAGCGAAGCGCCUGGCCUGGUCUACGAGGUGCGGCGUGCCGACCUGGCGGCCGUGGCGCGGAUCUUCGAGUCCGAAGGCGUCAGCGUCCAAGAGAUUGGCUCGACACGAAAGGAUCUAAAGGCGGUGGUCCAUGUGGGCAAGGAAUGCGUUCUGGACGCGGACGUCGCCUCCUUGCACUGCAUCUGGGAGGCCACGAGCUUUCAGUUGGAGCGACAGCAGUGCUACGUGCCCUGUGUGGAGCAGGAAGAAGCGGGCUUCAAAAACAGGCGGGUGCCUCCCUACAAGCUCAGCUACACGCCCGAGCCGACCGCGGACGCGGUGCUCAGCUCGGGCAGGAAGCACCGUGUGGCGAUCGUCCGACAAGAAGGUUCCAAUGGUGAUCGCGAGAUGGCGGUGGCUGGUCUGGAAGUGGCCGGUGGCGAGCUGGAGGGGAUUUGGACACAGGGCAUGUGA